AUGAAACCUUAUUUAGUCGACUUAAAGCUAAAAGACACGGAGAAGCUGGACUGGAAAAAAGGUCUCUCCUCAUAUCUUAAGAAAUCGUACGGCUCUUCACAAUGGAGAACAUUUUAUGAUGAAAAGGCUACUUCAGAUCUGGAUCACUUAAGAAACAACGCAAAUGGAGAGCUGGCACCUUCUUCAUUGUCGGAACAAAACUUAAAAUACUACUCAUUUUUGGAGCAUCUUUACCUUCGCCUGGGUAGCAAAGGAUCAAGAUUGAAAAUGGACUUCACUUGGUAUGAUGCAGAGUACUCAUCGGCCCAGAAAGGAUUGAAAUACACGCAACAUACGCUAGCAUUUGAAAAGUCUUGUACUUUGUUCAACAUUGCUGUAAUCUAUACUCAAAUAGCGAGGGAAAAAAUCGAUGAGGACUAUAAGGACUCAAUCGCGAAUUUGACAAAAGCUUUUUCCUGCUUUGAGUAUCUAUCAGAAAAUUUUUUGAACUCACCGUCUGUCGAUCUUCAGUCUGAGAACACUAGGUUUUUGGCUAAUAUUUGUCAUGCAGAAGCUCAAGAACUGUUUCUUUUGAAAUUAUUAAAUGACCAAAUAUUACCCAAGCAAUAUACAUUAAUUAGUAAACUUGCUAGAGCCACCUGUAACCUCUAUCAGAAAUGUCACGAUUUUAUGAAAGAAACAGAUGACAAUUUGGCUAUAUAUGGCGAAUGCAAAUGGAAAACAACAGUCACUUGCAAAUUGUACUUCUACAAAUCAUUAAGCGCUUAUUACCAUGGUUUACACCUGGAAGAAGAAAAUAGCGUUGGCGAAGCAAUUGCUUUUAUCGAUUUUGCUGUGCAACAAUUGAUCUCCUCCUUUCCAUUCAAAACGUGGUUGCUGGAAUUUAUAGACUUUGAUGGGUUUAAAGAGACUUUGGAAAAGAAACAAAAGGAAUUGAUCAAAGAUAACGACUAUAUAUACCAUGAAAGCGUUCCGGCAGUUGUACAGAUUGAUACUAUCAAAGCUCUUGACGCCAUCAAAUCUCCAACAUGGGAGAAGAUAUUGGAGCCUUAUAUGGAAACUGUUGCCAAUAAAUGUAACUCUUUGUACAAAGGGAUUAUUCCCCUAGAUGUCUAUGAAAAGGAAAGUAUUUACUCGGAAGAAAAAGCCACGCUAUUAAGAAAGGAAGUCGAAGAAACUGAGACAGCAAAUUUGGAAUACUCUUCCUUCAUUGAAUUUACAAAUCUACCUAGGCUCUUGAACGAUUUGGAAAAACAAUUUAGCAACGGAAAUAUUUCCUCGAAUACGGAUACACAGGGGCAAUUGAUGAGGGACCAAAUUCAGACAUGGUGUAAAUUUAUUCAAACAAGUGAAUUCAGGAACAUAGAAGAGCAAAUGAACGAAAUUGUUUCCAAAAGAAAACAAAUUUUAGAAAUUCUUUCCACUUUGCCCAAUGAUCAAAAGGAAAAUGUUACGAAACUAAAAUCUUCUUUAGUAGCAGCUUCAAACUCAGACGAAAAAUUGUUUGCAUGCGUAAAACCACAUAUUGUGGAGAUAAAUUUACUGAAGGACAAUGGCAAGAUAUGGAAAAAGUUUGACGAAUUCAACCGCAACACGCCUCCACAACCCAGCUUGUUGGAUAUCGAUGAUGCCAAAAACGAUAAGAUUUUAGACUUGUUAAAACAGGUAAAGGGCCAUGCGGAAGACUUGAGGACAUUGAAAGAGGAACGUUCGAGAAAUUUGUCUGAGCUGAGAAACGAAAUCAGUAAUGACGAUAUUACAAAAUUAUUGAUCAUUAAUAAGGGAAAAUCCGAUGUUGAACUCAAAAAUUUGUUCGAGACAGAACUGGAGAAGUUCGAGCCCUUGAGUACAAGAAUAGAGGCGACAGUUUACAAACAAUCUUCGAUGAUCGAUGAAAUCAAAGCCAAUCUAGAUGAAAUAUUUCAUCUUUCAAAUUUUAAGGACAAAUCUUCUGGGGAAGAACUUUCAAAAGAUCGUAAGAUUUUCUUUGAUAGAUUGCAGGAGGCCGUAAAAUCAUUCAGCAUUUUUGCAUCUGAUUUGCCAAAAGGAAUAGAAUUUUAUAAUUCACUAUUCGAUAUGAGUAGAGACUUGGCUGAAAGAGUGAGAGUUGCAAAGCAAGCCGAAGAUUCCACAACGAACUCUCCCGCCCCUCCUCUCCCUCCGCUUGAUUUUAAGGCGUCUGUUAUCGGGGUUCCUCCAUCACUACCCCAAAAAAGUUCAGCCUUUCAGUCUUUACCUCGACAAGGCCUCAAUUUAGAGAGCCAUUUUCAAAAUCUUAAAGUAGGUGCCGCUAGUGGUUUGCCUCAAGGGCCCGGCAUCCCACCGAGAACUUACGAAGCUUCGCAAUAUGCUGCAAUUCCUACUAUGACAGGUCCUCCAAUACCACCGAAACAAUCGCAAGAGGAGCUUUACGACUUAAAGAGACGUGAAGCAGUUGAAAACGAAGAACGUGAAUUGCAAGAGAAUCCUACAUCCUUUUAUAAUAGACCCUCCGUUUUUGAUGAAAAUAUGUACUCCAAGUACAGCGGUUAG